AGCGUUUGUGUUGACAGUCGUAUGAAUACAACGGAAAUGUUUUCAUUCUUUUCCUUCGGCUGAGAAACAUAACAGUGCAUAAAUUGGGAGAAACAAUAUCAAUUUCUAAUGAAAAAUGUGGAUUCCGCCGCGGGAUUGUGCAAUGCCAUUUGCAUUAUGGGUUAGCGAAAGUACUUUAACUACAUCCAACUACUUUCUGCUCCAGCACCGAAAAGGUCACGGAAGCCAUCGAGGAUUUUCGUCGAUGCUGGUCGGGACAUUAGAUAAUGUACUUGAUACAAAGCCGUCUCCCUAUCGCAUUCUUCACAUACAGCCUUCGACAGGACUUUAUUAUGAAAUCGCGUCGGACAUUACCCUGGAGGCUAUCCUUAAAGACUGGGAAUGGCUUUCGAAAAAUCUGUUCCGCGUAAUCAAUGAAAUGGAAACGGAGGAGGAAAUUACAAAUUUCGUUAUUUGCAAAAUUCAAUCGCUGCUUGCUCACAGUUCCCGAACAACGGAGGAAAUGGUCGAUCCGACCAGUUUCCAGAUUAUGGUUAACAAGUUCCGGGACAAGUUCAAGAUGCCCGAAGACGAGAAGCUGGUCAGCUAUUACUCGUGCAGUUAUAUCAAAAAGGUGCCACGGCAGGGACAGCUGUAUCUCUCACUGAAUCAUCUCUGUUUCUACUCGUACAUGUUUGGGGCGGAAAGUAAGCUACGCUUUCGGUACACCGAACUGACCGAUAUCAAAAAGUCCGGCAAUAUGAUAACCAUCAAAACGUCGCAAAACAAGGAAUACACUUUCGCGUUUCUAUACUCUCCGAGUGAAGUGUACAAUCUGAUUGAACAGCUUAACAAGCUUACAAUGCAAAAAUUAAUUCAAGACCCGGACCGGCCAAUUGUUGAUCACGAUCCAGUGAUUGGACGCAAAAUGGAGAGAAAUGUUAGCCAAAAAACGGUACUAUUGCGCGAUUUAACUACGAGGCAGUUGUCGGACGAGUAUCGAGAAUAUUUCCGGCUUCCGCUGACCGAAAUUCUGGACGGGAAAAUCACCGCCUCGCUAUGGACACCGCACAGUAAAAAACACGUUAAUGGUAUUCUUUAUCUGUCACAGGGCUAUCUGGCCUUUAGGAGUGACGUCUAUGAGCUAGUUGGACUGGUCAUUCCGUUGAACAAAAUAGUGAGUGUUGAGAAAAAAGAAGAUGCUCACGAUCGCUUCAGCAAUCGAAUAAUAGUCACAACGUCGGAUGCCAACAUAUUCCUAUUCUCGCACAUUCUCGAUCGUGAUUUCCUGAUCAGCAGAAUUUCUGAUCUACUUUCAAAAACUGUAACUUCCAGCAAACCUGCCGAUGAUAUUGACUGGACGAAACAGGAACCGCUGAUGCAUCUUUUCAAGGAUCCGGACAAUAAAGCUUUUGACGAUUUGCAGGCCGAGAAGCUCAAGAAAUGGGACGAACAUUUCUUCACAUUUGGACGCGGCAUAUCGAUGUUCCGCACGACGGAAACAAUCAAUUUAGUAAUCGACGGCAUUCCAGAUCAACUGCGCCGCGAGGUAUGGAUGAUAUUCUCCGGUGCUGUCCACAUGAAACUGAUGCAUCCAGGUCUAUACAUGGACCUUGUCCAGCGGGCGAAAGACCAACAGACGUCUACGUUCGAGGAGAUUGAACGUGAUCUGCAUCGAUCGCUUCCCGAGCAUCCUGCAUUCCAAACGGACAUCGGCAUUUUAGCGCUGCGUCGAGUUCUCCAAGCGUACGCGUUGAGGAAUCCCGAGAUAGGCUACUGCCAAGCGAUGAACAUAGUUUCUUCGGUUUUCCUCAUCUACUGCGACGAGGAGGACGCGUUCUGGAUACUGAGCUGUUUGUGCGAAUCACUGUUACCGGAUUACUACAAUGAUAAGGUGGUCGGCGCUCAGAUUGACCAAGGCUUGCUGGACGAACUGAUUGGUAGUCAUUUGCCCAAUCUACACGUGAAGUUGGGUGAUUUGGGUAUGAUUCGGAUGAUUUCGCUUUCAUGGUUCUUGACGAUUUUCCUGAGUGUCAUGCCAUACGAAAGUGCACUACACAUAAUCGACUGUUUCCUAUGCGAUGGAGCAAAAGUGAUAUUCAUUAUAGCUUUAAAAAUUUUGGAAUGGAACCAGGAUAAACUUUUGAAUUGUAAUGACGACGGAGAGGCGAUGCAGUUACUAUCUAAUUAUCUAAUGGGAAUUUACAAUGACGAGGUACAGCAAAUCAAAAUUAUAGACAAGGAACGAACUCAACUAAGGAGUCAGUCAGUGCAAACGUUGAUCUACGAAGCAUAUCAGAGGUUCGGAAAGGCUAUAACAUCACAGAAAAUUGAAGAACUAAGGAACAAGCAUCGCAGAUUGACCGUUCAUCAGUUGGAAAAAGAUCUGGAAAACAGUUUCGUUAAAAACUUCAAAGAGAAUGGCUAUUUCGAUGCUGAAGAGUUGCGAAUGCUGCUCUCUUACGCCAAGGACGAAAAAAUCAAUCUCAAAAACUGUAGCCGCCCGACCACAAUGAGCGGCAGUGAACCAGUGUAUGACGCAGCUCUUCUGAGUGAUGCCAAAAAGCGCUUCAGAGAUAAUCGUUAUGACUGUUUUCGGGUGGAUUUCGAAACCUUUCGGAAGUUGUACAGCGAUCUGACGCCCUGGGGACACGUACAAAACAUUGAUGUGGCGGAAAAACUGUUUAGGCUUAUGGACAAACAAGUGUGUGGAUAUCUCGAAUUCAAGCAGCUGAUAUUUGCUCUAGGGAUUAUAUGCUCGAAACGCACAACAGAGAAGCUAAAAUUAUUGUACAUUUUGCAUUUGCCACCACUGCUUUCGGCACUGGAAAUUGAGAACAGGGGUCUCUCAGAUUCAAAAGAUUCCGAUACCGAGAUAGCAACAGAAGCGGAGAACUUUUUCAGUGAUAAUCCAAUCGAAAGCAUCAAAUCCCUCCCAUCACCAAUCGACAUCAGUCUAGAGACAACAGACAUUGAAAAUCUCUCUCUGUCUCACUUCAACGCCACCCCGAAUCUGUCGAUUGAUGAAUCAUCCACAAAUGCCGAAACAUCGUCGAUUUUCUACGUGGAUCUACCGGCGACAUCGACUGCAGGCACUGCACCUAAUAUCGCUUCAUCGAGCAAUGCCAACAUGGGUGAAGGUGAAUCAAAUGGUUCCCGGUCCGAUCUCAGCGAUUUGGGAUUCAAUAAGAUAAGCUUCGAAGAUGCGAGCAGCAGCACGACUACCAAUGGACGACGAGUACCAGGAAAUGAGGCGAGGAGCAUCAGCAGCUUGAGGAUAUUUCUUGACGAGCCAGACUCUAAUUUUACCAACAAAACCAUUCCGAACAUGACCCAGAAAAAUUUCAUUGCCCUCUGGACCACAUUGCUGGAGAUUCUGAACAGGGGCAAAAAAGCACCCGAUAGUGAAGUACAACACGCAUACAACGCAUUAAUUUCAUUGGGUGAAGAUACAAUCCUGAACCAGAGCCAAGACAGUAAUGAAAGUUUUACUGAGUUUUCUUUUUCUCAUCAGAGCGAGACGGACUCCAAUGGGAAUCCAUCAAGUUCUAAUGCGGAUCGAUCGCCAAGUUCAGCUCCGAAGCGGAAUACUCCCGAUGAUCAGAAGCGAACAUCUGAGUUGUGGGAAAUUACUUUAAAUCAAUUUGUUGCAACCACUAUUUCAGUUAGUUUGAUAGACGAACACUUCUCACAGUCGUUCUCGAUCAAAUCGCGGAUUGAAACACUACAAAGGAAUCGACGGAAGUGUAAAAGUUAGACAAACACAUAUUUGGUUAUCGGUUUAUUCAAUCGUACUAGCUAUCGAGAUUUGAUUGUGGUGAAAAUGAGUCGGGUAUUCUGGACCGAGCACUGUCUUGUAUAGACAUAGUUCUUCUGCAUUUCAUGCUAUACGAGGAAGAAAUGCCCCCGUGACAGUAACAAACAUAAUAUAGUCCAUAAAAAGUACCUUCAUAACUAAACGCAAUAUUCUAGUAACUGUUAUGAGUUAUCGCUGAUUAUAAUAUGAAGUAAAAUGUAUUUUACCUAAUAUA